AACAUUGAGCGCGCGUUUGAACUCUUCGCUCUUGCCGCGUUUUUAACUUUUUUUCGCUUGAUAGGUCUACAACUUCUUACUUGUCUCAAGAAAAUUCCCACAGUGCGCCCGGCUUGCAGAUGCCUCCACGGAAAAAAGCGAAGAUUGAAAGUGCUGCUGAGAAAGCAGGUCAUCCAGAUAAACAAGCAUCAAGGGAUACGCAAAAAACAGAUGAAGUGGUUCACUGGCUGCUGAAAUCUGAACCAGAAAGUCGCAUAGAAAACGGUAUAGACAUGAAGUUCAGCAUUGAUGACCUAGUUAAGUGCCCUGACAGCACAUCAUGCUGGGAUGGAGUGAGAAACUAUCAGGCACGGAACAUCUUACGGGACCAGAUGAAGGUUGGUCACCAGUGCUUCUUCUACCACAGCAACUGCAAGACUCCUGGAAUAGUUGGAAUUGUCGAGGUUGUCAAGGAGGGUUAUCCCGACCACACACAGUUUGACAAGAAGGAUAAUCACUAUGACAGACUUAGCACCACUGAAAAACCAAGGUGGUUCAUGGUCGACGUAAAGUUUGUCCGCAAACUUGAUCGCCAGAUCACUUUGGCUGAACUGAAGACGCUUCACGAGAAACAUAAAUCUCAAAAUCCCAAGGGUCCUUUGGCAAACAUGGCUCUGGUUGCGAGAUCACGUCUUUCAGUGCAGCCGGUCAGAAAAGAAGAAUGGGACUUCAUCCUUAGCCUUGAGAAGUCUUCACCAGAGUAGUCUGAUAAAUUGAAUGAAAUAAUCAGCACUCACCUUGACACAAAAUAGCGGGUGCUAGCUGUCACCCGACAGUGUGCGCUUCUGCUUAUAAACAUCUUAGCAGCAUGACAAUGUUUUAAUAAACAUAUUCAAAAAUGUU